UACUGCAGACCAGGCGGAGGGGGGAAGGGGGGGCUUCCUGCCUCUUCUCCUGCUCUCUUUUCUUACGGUAAAACAUGAGAUUUGCAGAGAAAGACGGAACACUUUGUAGCCGCAAAAACACGCUAAUUUCCCCCCAGAGUAAGGAUUAAAACUCGCGGCGACACCCACCAUUGAGCUGCUGCGAGUUUUUACUGUUGUAGGGGGGGGAGAUUAUCUGGAAGCCCGAGGACGUCGCUUCAGUCUUUCAGGAAAGGAGAAAAAAUAAUGUGAUGAAGGACCGGGAAACUGAACGGAAGAACUCCAUCGAAAGGGCCACAGCAGGAGGCACGACCACGGUCCAGAUAUAACCACGAUUCAUGGAAACCUGCGGACGAGAAAGCACAAAGACUCCGGGGAAGAAGCAAAAUGUCCCGGAAAAAAGCAUCUUCCUCCUUGAGAAUGAGAAGAAGGCUAGAUGAGAAAGGGAGUAUUGACCGUGGACGGAGCUUGUCCUUCCAUGAGGUGCGUGGACAACGUGAGGCAGAGAUGAGGGCCGCAGCAGAGGAGUCGUCCAACAACAGUGUAGGAGGUGGUGGCAGUACCGUCCUGCAGCGCCUACUGCAGGAGCAGAUGAACCGGAAUUACGUGCUGCAACAGCAGAAACAACAACAACAAGGAGGAGCAGGGACUGGGGGUGGUGGAGGUUACUCAGGGCAGGGACAGAUAGGCCCCUCUGAUGAUCACUCCAUGAGCCCGCACAUUGCCCGUCAGGAGCCUCAGGGACAGGAGCUGCAGACUGACAACUGCCUGGAGAAACUUGGCUCAACCCAAGUAGGAGAGGGCGGGAGUAGUGGAGGGGGAGGAGGUUUAGGGACUGGAAGUGGAGGAGCAGGAGGUGGCAGCAGUGGAGGAGGUGGGAGUGCCCAAGGGCAGUGCCUAAACCUCGAGGACCUCCCUACGUAUGAAGAAGCCAAAGUGCAGUCCCAAUACUUCCGUGGGCAUGUUCCUCCUCCUCAGCAGCAGAACAAACCGCACCAGCAGCAUUCUCUCCCUGCUUCAGUUGGCACGGCCUUCUACAUCACCGGGAUGACCAGUGCCAAGGUGCGCACUGAGGGUCGCCCCAUGGUCCAGCGAGUGAGUGGAACAGGGAGGGUGCACCAGGAUGAUGGGCUGAAGGAUCUGAAGCAAGGACAUGUUCGGUCUCUCAGCGAAAGACUUAUGCAGCUCUCCCUGGCCACCAGCGGCGUUAAGGCCCACGCUCCUGUCACCAGCGCAAUGCUCUCCCCUCAGCUGCCCAGGCCAGGGCUGUCGGGCGACUACUACAAGCCACAGCACCGUGGUCCGCCUCCAGACUACCCCAUCAAAGAAAUGGGCUCUUCUACCAAGCAGCAGGAGUCUGGAGGCCAUUUUUACCAGGAGCAGAGAGGGAGGGAGCAGUCGAGGGAGGUGCCCCACGUCAGAUACCAGCCCCCACCUGAGUAUGGCUCGUUCAGGUCCAGUAACGAGGGUUCGGUUUACAUCCAGAGGCCCCUUCAUCAGCACAGUCCCACCUCCUCUGUCACCUCUGUGGGCUCCUUGUCCCGCACGCAGUCCUCCACCCUAAGCAGCAUGAUCAGUGCUACCCACUCCUCCCAUUCCUCCUUCCCUCACCCUCACCCGCACCCGCAGAGCCAGGGAGAGCCCUUCCCUAGUAUGGGGCUCCAUAGUCCACAGAGUCCCAGCUCCCACCAAGCAAGCGAGCCCUUCACCAUGGGGCCCAUUCACCCAACACAUCCAAGAACUCAAGGUUUACCUUAUGACCCCUACGGCUCCAACCCGAGAAUGCACCAUCAGUAUCAACAACAGCAGCAGCAGUUUCAAAGACCUCCGCCUCCCCAGCCCCAGCCCCUAGUCCAGGCCGGACAUUUCCCUCACCCGUACUCCUACUACCACCUGCAAGGGGAGCCUUUAAGCAUGAUGGUGCGUGCCCACCAGAUGGUAGAUGUGCUAACGGAGGAGAACAAGAUGCUGAGGCAGGAGAUGGAGGCCUGUCGCGAGAAAGUCACCAAGUUGCACAAGUUGGAAACAGAGAUCCAGCUGGUGUCAGAGGCAUAUGAAAACCUGGCCAAGUCUUCAUCAAAGAGGGAGGCCCUGGAGAAAACCAUGAGGAGUAAACUGGAGCUGGAGGUGCGCCGGCUUCACGACUUCAACAGAGACCUCCGAGAACGCAUGGAGACGGCCAAUAAGCAGCUCACUGCUAAAGAGUGUGACUGCUCAGAGGACAACCGCAAAACCAUCUCCCAGCUAGUUGUACAGAACAAAGAGACAAUCCGUGAAAGGGAGAAGCUGGAGAUGGAGUUGAAUGCGCUGCGUUCCACCACAGAGGACCAGAGAAGACACAUCGAGAUCAGAGACCAGGCGCUUAACAACGCCCAGGCCAAAGUGGUCAAGCUUGAGGAGGAGCUCAAGAAAAAGCAGGUUUAUGUGGAAAAGGUGGAGAGGAUGCAGCAAGCUCUGGCUCAGCUCCAGGCGGCAUGUCAGAAGAGAGAACAGCUCGAGCAUCGCCUCCGUAUUAGACUGGAGAGAGAGCUUGAGUCGCUACGCAUACAGCAGCGUCAAGGAGGCACUCAAAGCAGUGGUGCAGUUCCAUCGGAGUACAAUGCCACAGCGCUGAUGGAGCACUUGAGGGAGAAGGAGGAGCAGAUCCUGGCUCUGGAAGCUGACAUGACCAAAUGGGAGCAGAAGUACUUGGAGGAGAGUGUGAUGAGGCAAUUUGCCCUGGACGCCGCUGCCUCUGUCGCAACUGAGAGGGAUACAUCUAUAUCAGUAAUAAGCCAUUCUCCAAGCAGCAGCUAUGACACGUCGGUUGAGGCUCGAAUCCAGAAAGAAGAAGAGGAGAUUCUCAUGGCCAAUCGGCGCUGUGUUGACAUGGAAAGCAGGAUAAAGAAUCUCCAUGCUCAGAUCAUUGAGAAAGACGCUAUGAUCAAGGUGCUUCACCAGCGCUCCAGGAAAGAGCCCAUCAAGUCUGAUGCACAAUCUGCCAUGAGGCCCACCAAGUCCCUGAUGUCCAUUUCCAACACUGGUUCUGGUGGUUCAGGAGUGCUCAGUCACAGCCUGGGCCUCAGUAGCUCCCCCAUCACCGAAGAACGCAAGGACACCAGCUGGAAGGGCAGUCUGGGGGGUCUGCUGGGUUACGAGUUUCGUACAGAGUCUCUCAGGACGGGGUCAAUCUCAUCAUCUCCCUCACCAGUGCUUCCUUCCACCCCGUUGACCGCAGGUCACUCGAAGACAGGCAGCAGAGACAGCUUCACGCAGACCGAGAAGGGACAGAGUCAGGACACCAGCAAGCCCAGCACUCCAGGCCUGCAGAGCAUGACGUUGCCUGCUCGACUGUUCAGCCCCAGCCCAGUCUACAUCCCAGACCGCAUAGCAGAUGUACCAGUGUUUCAAAGCAGCACCCUGGAACGGAGGCUCCCUGUUCAGUCCCAUCCACAUCAACAGGCCCCUCCUCCAGCCCAGCCCACCCAACAGGAAGUGGACAAAGACAUCGUGGAGAUCCUCAUUUGACACCAUGACAUCAGGAAAAAAACAUCUUCCAUUUGAGUGAUUGAAGGGCAGCUCUAUCGACAAACAGAGCGACAGACAUGUAAAUCGGCUAAUCAUCCAAACCUGCAACAGAAAGGUUUGGUGGGUUAAGGAGUCACUGUUGACUGAUUGACAUAAAAAUACAUUUUCAUACUCUUAUGUUUACAUGUGCAUUUAAUCAAACACAUCCAGCCUGACUGGAGUUUUUACACAUUUCCUUCAUUCCUUCACUAAAUCACUGUUUAUCAUCAUCUGAGGAAAACUCUGAAAUCAGAAGCAAAAAGCAGAAAAGCUACGCCCCUUCAUGUCUCAUUUCAUCUCAGCUCUUGCAGUUCUCUUAAAUAUGUUAAUAUGACAUGGCAACUGGAACUUAAAAAUGUAACGGAUGUUCCUGUUUUUCUGAUGCAUUUUUGUAUGAUGCUUUUGGCCCUGUUUGAGGUUUAAUGGAAGGUAAUUAAUCAAAAUUGUAUGCAAAACCCUUCUUAAUUCAGUCUCCAUGUAUGCUCAUAACAAUUUACCAAGUUAUAAUUAAUGUAAUAAAAAAUAUAUAAAAAUGAAUAGGCAAACCUGAUAUUCAAUGUCUUCCUGUAAAUUUAACAUAUCACAAAUCCCCCCCAAUUUGUUUUUACUUUUACAUUUAAGGUGAAGGACAUUUGUUUUUGUCACUGUUGAAAGAUUUGCUGUGGUCAGUGACUAAGGCUUUCUAUUUAUUUGCACUACCUUUUGACCUGGGAAGGGGGGCUUCCGCCAUAGCAGCAGCACUGGCGUUUCAAAAUAUUUGGGCAUAUGCAAUUUUUUCCUUUACUUAAUGCAAGCAAAAAAAAAAUAAAACUGGACUUGCUACAAGUGUUUAGCUGAAAGAGAAAACAGCAUUUAACUUGGACACAUGAGAGAUAUGUAAACUUUUCAAUAGUGUUGGUGGAAGCUCGUUGGACCAAAGAUAUCCACUACCGUUUUGUUUCAUAUAUUGCACUACAAAUGUUUUGAAGUGGUUUUUUUUUUUUUUUUUAUAUAUAUAUUACUUUAAGAUGUCUGACACUAGCUAUUGUAUUUGUGUGCAAUGUUUUUUUUCAAACUGUUGUUAGCAUGUCACGAGUGUAAUGAGAAAUGAUGUAAACUGUAAAACAUUCAUAAUUAUUUACAUUCGGUAUGUACUGUAAUGACCUGAAUGGAACUGUGUGCCGUGGAAGGAUCUGAGCGCUGAGCCUUUAAGCUGUUACAUUUCAUGAGCGAUUGAAUAAUGAGUUGCCUUUCCGAUAGCAGACUUGUUUUGCUCAAUGGUUGGACUCAGUAGCCUUGUAUUCCACUUGCACAAUCAUCACAUGGCUACUAGUACCUGAAUUUGAUGUUGCCUCCAGGCUGAAAAAGUUCCCUGAGUUAAAAUGCAAAACCUGGGCCAUGUACUACAAAGCAAGUUCAACAUGCCAAGGGUAUGUUUGGUUACCUGGCUUUACUGACACUAACAACCGCAAUCCCGCUUAGCUGGUCCUACAAAUAAGUUAAACACAUAAUUCAGGACAAAACUAACACAGUUUCAACUGCCAAAAGCAGGAAUGACCGCUUGCAAUUAAUUGCCUCCAGUGUGAUAUUGUAGAUAAACAGCUUUAUAAUAUCACUGCCACAUAUAGGGCACUAGUAAAUCUGACUAUAAUUACAUGUAUAUUCUGUUAAAAGAAUGUGUUGCUUAGAUGUAUUCUUAUGGUGUGUAUAACAAUAUUUUAGCCUUAUUCCUUCAGUGGCAACCCCAGGCAGUGUGAAACAAACUUGGGUGCAAAUUAAAAAUAAAUAUAAAAACAUAAUUGAAAACGAUAAGAGGAUAUCCUUUCAAAAUGUAUAAUCUGAGCAAAGUAACGCAAGGCACUGCAACACACGGCUUAAGAAGAUGACCAUAUGAGUGAAUAUAAUAACAGAAUCUUUAGUGAUUUUCUUCUGUUUGCUCCAAAGUCAGAUUCACACUGCUGGGGUUGCAGCUGAAAGAAUAAGGCUGAAGCUUGUUACACAAGCCAUAAGAGUACAUCAGCAACGCAUUCAUUUAAAGGAAUACAAAUAUGUAAUUAUAGUCUGAUUUUAAUGUUGUCAUUAUGGACAGUGAAUGUUAUAAGCCUGUUCAUUUACACAUUCACACAGUAUGCCAUUUGUUGCAAGCUGUGCUUUCUGCAUUUGUAAAUUUAAACUGUGGUGCUUUUAGUCUGGACUAUGACUUUAACUUCUUCAUAUUUGUGUAAUCUUAAGCGAUCCAUACAAUAUAUAUAUAUAUACAGGAAUGAGCCCAAAGUAAGACUUUGAUUAACAUUUCAACUGUUUUCUAUGCAAUAUGAACUCUGAACUAAAAAAGCCGGAGGUUGGGGUGGAAGAGGCAAAGCUUUGCCAGCAGUAGGGUCUGUUACAGCAUAGGUAUAGAAAGGAUCAGUGAGAAGGGAGUCAUAUUUAAAUGGACUGCCUUUAGGUGAGAGUGAGCUGUGAUUGGUGUGUGACAGAUUUGAAACGAUGAUUCAAUCGGCUGGCUGUCAGCUGGUAACAGCUGGAGGUGUAUGACUUCCGUUUCGUGCAUGAACUAACGUGAUGCUUAAUUUCCUGGCCAAUGUAAAGAGCUUUUACAUGGUUAUGUAAAAACCCUUGGGAACAGAAUGUUCACAAAUAUGUUCACAAAUGGUUUCCAUCACCAGCACAUUAUUAAGUGUCCUUUAUGCUGGUAGUGUAAAAUAUCUAUUUGCUUGUUGUUAUGAGACAUGUCAGGCUCACCCUAAAUCUUGAAGACAAUGGACCCUGUGGGAAUUGUAAAACUUCAGGUGGGAUUGCUGCAGGAUUUUGAUGUUAGACUGCAACCUACACACGUCAUUGCUUUUGGUUAGCAAUGAGCCCACAAUAAAUGUUAUGAGCCCAAUACUACAUGAAUCAUUCCCUAUAAGUAAAACCAUGCUAAAAUGUAGCUGCAAAGGCAGCCAAAAGUAAUUUACGUUUAUGUUGCUGCCUUGAAACACACAUUUCACAGAAUUUUUUCUUGUGAUAUUACAGAUAUUUUGAGGACGAACCUUAUUAUUCAGACCAGAACAUUUUAGGGCACAAAGAUCUUUUCUUAGCUGAUUGGCAAAAAUAUUAAGCCAAAUAACAAAAUGAUAUACAGUUGGAAUCAAUUCAGUUCUGUGUAAAUUUGAUCAAAGCAUGGCCUUGCCUGAGGUUGGAAUAUCUGUGGCUCUGAUUAGACCUACAACAGGUUUCUAAUUUGAGAGAGGACCAAAAAAAAAGUGAUCUUCAAAAUAAAGAAGGCGGAACCAGUGGCUUUUUGUCAUGUAUGCUUAUUAAAAGACUUGUUUUUAAUGCUCGCCAUUUCAAGCAACAUUUCCGCAAUGCACUCCUGAAAACUCAAAGGACCUAUUGUUCUCCUAAUGUUUUUUAAUAGGGCUGAAAAUGUAUUAGUUUCACAAUGGUACAAGACACACACACAACGUUGGUGUGCCUAAUUGGAUGAUGUGGUUUAAUAUAA